GGUUAAACAUCCUUCUGCCCGCGAACACGAUGGCUGCUUGAGCUUCGGGCGUCAUCUGCGAGCGCCGGAAGCAACUCCAGUGUGGCUUCUGUGUGGAUUUCCUCACUCACUCCACGCGGAUCCUGGCCGCUCUGGCUCCGAGGAGAGGGCGCAGGAGGCGGGAAUUUGAAUGUGUAUUAUUUCUUGGUCUGGCUCUCUGUGAGGCUGCGUUUCUUCCCCUUCCUGAUCCAUCCCUGAACCUUUGGGCCUUGGGCCUCCGUCUCCUUCGCCAUGGCCGGCAUCCUCUUCGAGGACAUUUUCGACGUGAAGGACAUCGACCCCGAAGGAAAGAAGUUCGACAGAGUUUCCCGACUGCAUUGUGAGAGUGAGUCCUUCAAGAUGGAUUUAAUCCUAGAUGUGAAUGUGCAGAUCUACCCUGUUGAUCUUGGUGACAAAUUCCGCCUGGUGAUUGCCAGUACCUUGUACGAAGAUGGAACCCUGGAUGAUGGAGAAUACAAUCCUACAGAUGAUAGGCCAUCCAGAGCUGAUCAAUUUGAAUAUGUGAUGUAUGGAAAAGUCUACAGAAUUGAGGGAGAUGAGACAUCAACAGAAGCAGCUACACGCCUCUCUGCCUAUGUAUCCUAUGGAGGCCUGCUCAUGAGGCUACAGGGAGAUGCCAACAACUUACAUGGCUUUGAAGUGGAUUCCAGAGUUUAUCUGCUGAUGAAGAAACUGGCCUUCUAACCAAGUUGAGGUGCUGGAUGGUUGAAGGAUAUAGAUUGAACUAUUGCUGCCCCUCAAGAAUAUGGAAAGGGAGAUGGAGAGUCCAGUGGCUUGCUGACAUGUUGUGUUUUCCACCUCUUUCUUAUCUUCCCAUGACCAACAAUGAGUGGCUGCAGAAGAAACUUUCUUUAUUUCAGAUUGCAUCAGGACUUUGUUGGUGCCAAAUGCUCCAGAUGGGGAACAAGUCAAGCACCAGGCUGAUUUUUUUUAAAAAAAAUCCCAUUCAAAUUGGAGAAAUUUCAUCUUUUUCCAAGUGUCUAGACAGCUAUGAUUAAACAACCCUUUUUAUUACAUAUACAUCCUUGAGAAUCAGCUUGAUAUUUCAGAAAGACUGUGAACACAAUCUUGUUGCUGUCUUUCAAAUGUAGGGGCAACCUUCACUUUGACUAUAGUUUGUUGUCUCAAUUAAAAACAUAGAUUUUUUCUUAA